CGGCGUUCGUGCGCAGCAUGGGUUGUCGGCUCCUAGUAUCAGAGUUAAGUACAAUUUUGACGGUCAAGGAGAAUCCAGGUGCCAACUUGAAGAGGUACGUCCGCGCCUUAAGACGCAGACCCGUGAAGGUGCUGUACCCGGACGAUGAGACCGAAAAGCAGCAGAAAUCAAAGCAAAACAUUUCCAAAGUCGUUGAGCAGCGACCGGCUCAUCAGACGUUUGCUGCCCAGAAGAAGACGGUCUCAGAGAGCGGUAUAAAAAACAAACAGAAAGUAGAGGACACUGGUGAUGCCAUCUCAAAGUUCUGGAGUAAUUCUAAACAAGGCACUAAAGCCUCUGCAGACUAUAAAAUGCCAUCUUCAGCAUUUUACGAUGAUCUGGCCGGACUGCGAUACGAGAAGGCCUUCCCUGGAGACAAGAGAUUGGCGAGGGUAGUUUGCGUGGCACGCUCGAGGAAAUUUCGGGAACAGCAGGGCAAGGUGCUGCUGGAGGGGAGACGGCUGAUCUGCGACGCGCUGGAUGCGGGGGCCAUCCCGCAGAUGAUCUUCUUCAGCACCGUGGAGCGACUACGCGAGCUGCCCCUGGACAAACUGCGGCGCACCAGCCUGGUAAAAGUGAAAUUCGAGGAAAUCAAGACUUGGUCGGACCUUGUGACUCCACAAGGCCUGAUGGCUAUAUUCUCGCGUCCGGAUGCAGCGCGACUGGCGUUCCCCAGUGAGCAGCGGGGCCAGUCAGUGCCGCUUUCGCUGAUCUGCGACAACGUGCGCGACCCGGGCAAUCUGGGCACCAUUCUGCGCUGUGCAGCUGCGGCUGGAUGUCACAGUGUGUUAUUAACCAAAGGCUGUGUGGAUGUCUGGGAGCCAAAGGUGCUGCGAGCUGCAAUGGGCGCCCACUUCAGGCUUCCCAUCAUCCCUAGUUUGGAGUGGGACCAUAUUCCGGGACACCUCCCUACCAUGACCACCGUCCACCUGGCUGACAACUGUAGCGUGAUGGAGAAGGACGCAGAAGAAGCGGCAGCGUCAAGUCCACCCCGAAAAGCAGGAGAUUAUGGCUGGGUGAGCACCAGGCCUAACCCCAGAAACGUGCAGUACGAGGAAUACUAUGAGUCGGACUCUGACGAUGAGUUGGACGAGGGAAGGCUUUCUCUCCCGGUCGUGGAGACCCAGCUUUACCAUGAAAACUGGGCACAGGGUCACACCGCGCUCGUGAUUGGUGGAGAGACCCAUGGACUCAGCGUGGAAGCUCUUCAAUUGGCUGAGAGAACUGAUGGUAGAAGGCUCCUUGUUCCCAUGGUUCCCGGGGUGGACAGUCUAAACUCUGCUAUGGCGGCUAGUAUUCUCCUCUUUGAGGGCAGGCGACAGUUUACGCUGCUUAAUAGGGAGUCUGACAGGAAAACCAAAUCCAAAAUGCCAUAACCAUGGUGCUCCUCCGACACAGGCUUAUUAUUUUUAUGUAUUUAAAGCUGUAAUUGUGUAUGGAAGCUUUGACUUAACUUCAGAGCCUGUUAGUGUGUCAUCGGGCUUACAUUUCCCAUCAGGGUGCUCUAUUUCUGAUUAAAACAGCAGCUUUGCUAGAAAUAUGUAUGUGUGUUGAACUGUAUAUUCCCUCUUCCUGUUACUGUAUAUUCCCUUGUCGUCGGUAGGAAAUCAAUAAAAAAG